AUGGGUUCCCGCCAUUAUUAUGUAAUUCCUUCUCCUUCUUCCUUCCAUGGCUUCCUUGCCUUCUGUUACCCUCACUGCUGCUCUCAACCUCGAUUCCGGCUUAAGAAAGCGACAUUCUACCAGCUUUUCCUCAACGAUAAGAUUGUAAACUUGCGUGAAGCUCUGUCUCUGUUGAAAGAAGGGCAUGCAAAACUGAUGGAUGUUGCUGCAGAUGAUCUUGCAGCUCAUAAGAGUGGAUCCAUAGCACUUAAUAUGCUCCAGAAAUUAUAUCGCUCGGGUAUGAAACCUCUCUCUUCACUUUCUCCAGUGUUUGAAGUGUUUAUUGUAGACUAGUAACCUUAGAACAAGGGGUACAAAUUCAUGCUCUGAUCAUUAAGAGUGGUG